AUGACAGAAAAAUUGUCGCUGGAAGACAGCGAGUCGGAUUAUAUCGAAUCUUCAGCGGAGUCUUCGUCAUCUUCAUCUUCGUCAGCUUCCAAAUCUGCCGAAUCGUCACCAGAACGGGCGACAUCUCUAGCUGCGCCCAGCCAACCUAAACCGCCAGGUCCUGCCAAUGGUUCUACAAAUAAUGGCGGUCCUAAAUCUAACUUAGAAGAAGAGGACGAUUACAGCGACGACCACAGCAACGGUGAAAAUGAAGAAGAAUCAAAAAAAGAAGAAACCCCGUGGAAUCCAUACUCUCACUCCAAAGCAAACGUCUUUACCGCCUCAUCCUCCCUUGUAACGGUCACCCAGCGUUCACUUUCCCAAAGACACUCCAAACCUGCCGGUGCCGAUGAAAUCCUCUUUCAUAAUCCUAUGAAUCCCGACUUUGUACUCCCUGACUCUGUCAAGUCUAUUUUAGAAGAUGAGAAGAUAAUGGGAGAUCUACCGGAUUCGGAUCUAUUAAAGGCGGUACACAGAUAUGCUUCUGAGUUCUUUGAUGCGAAAGGCUGGGAUGGAGUUAUGGCCCGGAGUCUGGAUGAGAGUGCUUUGCUCGCUAUUGGAGUAAUUUUGGAGGAGUAUUGUAGGGAGAUGAUUGGGAAGGAUGGGGGAAUGGUCUUUGCUGAAUGA